AUUGGUCAAAGAAAAAGUGAUGUAUGAAAAAGAAGCAAAACAACAAGAAGAAAAGAUUGAAAAAAUGAAAGCUGAAGAUGGUGAAAAUUAUGCCAUUAAAAAGCAGGCAGAGAUCCUGCAAGAGUCCCGGAUGAUGAUCCCAGACUGCCAGCGCAGGUUAGAGGCAGCAUACACUGAUCUUCAGCAAAUAUUAGAGAGUGAAAAAGACUUGGAAGAAGCAGAGGAAUAUAAAGAAGCACGUUUAGUUUUGGAUUCAGUGAAGUUAGAAGCCUGAAACUUUCCUGUACAGUGUUUUUGCAUUAAAUCCUGGGGUCCAUUCUACAGUUCAUUAUUUUUACCACUGCUGAGUGUUUAAGUAGUAUGACAAUGUGAUUCUUUCUAUGCAUUUGCAAAUAUUUUUCUUUGCAUAAUUUAAUGUGUCAAAUAAAUGAGUUCAUCUAAUAAAA